AUGCACCAAUACAGCGAACGACAACAGAUUCUCCGAGAUCUGUUCAUGAUGCUCAUAUUCCUCCACCAGCAAGAGACCGACGACCUCCUUGAUUCAACAAUCAACAUUCCAGUUCUCCCCUCGCUUGGAAGGAUCGCUGCCCCCGAGAAUCCCGGCCGCGCGUUGUUACUAGACGUUAUGUUUGACGACGAAUCUAUGGUAUCAGAUCUCUUGCAUUUGGUCCUAUCGAGUCGCUACUUACAUACCCGAUUGCCUCCAAGAUUGCGUGACGAAUUCGAUUUGGCUCAGCUUUUUGAUAUGCGAGAUGAAGACUUCAAGCAGGCGCAACAGCUUUUGACCGCAACUGCCAAUCCCUCACCAAUUAGCACUCACUCUCGAAAGGCUUGGUUCAAACGGAAUUUAUGUGUGGGCCGCGGGACUGUGGUCAAGGCCAGCCGCCGGGUCAUCCGGGCGAUUAACGAUCUGUCGGAGAAGUACCUUAUGUGGCCUGACGAGGUUCGACGAAAGGAGGUUUCUGAUGUCAUGAAGUGUGAAGGAUUCGAAGGUUGUGUUGGGUUUGUCGAUGGAACUACCAUACCCCUGUACCAGCGCCCGUCGAUCGAUGGAGAAGUUUUCUUUGAUCAAAAGAAGCACUACUCGAUCAAUUGUCAGGUUGUAUGCGACUGUGACCGAUUCAUCACUGCCUACAUGACUGGCUGGCCGGGUUCUUGUGGCAAUAGUAUGGUCUUCAAGAGGAUGAUGCUCCAUAAGGAGCCAACGUUGUUUUUUGAUCGAGGACAAUAUCUGAUCGCGGACUCGGCUUAUGAGUUGGGCGUACACUGCAUCCCCGCGUACAAGGCUCCUGCUGCUUACAUCAAGGACAACUCCGACUUCAACUAUUGUCUUGCGCGUUCACGAGUCCGGAAUGAGCACACGAUUGGAAUCCUCAAAGGUCGUUGGGCUUCACUCCAACAUCUCCGACUAGCGAUUCAAAAGCCUUCGGACAUGAUGGAGGUUAUCAGAUGGGUCAACUGUUGUGUUACAUUGCACAGCAUCCUGGCCCAUCUUGGUGAUGCAUGGGAUGCCUUGGAGGCCCCCGGCAUUGAUCAUCUGGCAUCGGAAGGGACUGGGAUUAAUGAAGAUACUGCUAAUGAGGAUACUGCUAAAGAGCAUCGAGAGGUUGUCCAGGCUAAAUGUUUAGAUAUCAACUACUCGUUGGGUGUAUUACCAAUUUAG